UACCGCGACGACCGCUCGUUGGGCGUGUGUGCCGCGCGAUUGUGUGCGUCUCGGCAGUGUGUGCCCAUUGAGCGAGUGUGUCACCGUCGGGUGUUUGUGCGUGCGAGCGAGCGAGUGCGCGCGUGUGUGUGUGUGUGUGUGUGUGCGCGCGCGCACCGGCGUGUGCGAGUGUUUCCUUAUCCGCCGGCCGACGACGUGACGACGACGUCCGCGCCGCCGUUCAGCACGACGACGACGACGACGACGACGAGGACGACUAAUGCGACCGCAGACGACCCGACGGCGAUUAUUGUUAUUAUUAUUAUUAUUAUUAUUAUUAUUACUAUUAUUUAUUUUUCGCGAUAACCAUUCGGGCCGGUUACACACGUCCGUGCUAGCAAAAAAUAACGUUACCGAUUACCGUCGGUCAUCGACGUUCGUGCGUUUUUUGUUCGUUUUUGUUUUACCCCACAUUCACCGUCAUCGAUAACAGCGACCGAUUUGGAAUUUGUCUAUUUAUUUUGAUAUCAACAAUAUCGUCGUCAAUACACACACGCCGUUUUCGUCUACACGCACCUACCGCUCCGACGUCGCCAGAAGAGGGUUUUCGAUUUCCCAAAAGACCUAUGCUCGAGGCAGCACUCGUUGACCUUACUACAGCACGCCUGGUGCCUUCUUCUUCUUCUUCCACCGCAUACUUCGUCUAAAACAUAAGUACCUAUCGCGAUACGACUCCUCGAUGUACGUACAUUUACUCAAGUAAUCGUCUCAUGGUCACAGCUAUGUCUGGUACGAACAGCGGACACUACACACCGGAGGAACACGCCGUACUGAUUCGCAACAAGUCCUAUCUGUACACGCACGAGUAUAGAUAAUUAGCAGUAGCCAGUUGUUGUCUGCUGAUUGUUGCAGUGUCACUAGUCAACCAUAUCGAUUGAUAUUUUUUCUGUUUAGAAGUUUCCUAAAAGCCGUUUGAAUGCAAGUUGCAACGGUAAUGCAUCCCAUGCAACAUGCUGGAGGAGUGGCAACCUAUUAUGCUACUCCUAGGCCAACUCACCCACACUACUCAAGUGUAAACUACCACGAUUACAACGCAUCCUAUUCCAAGCGUGCGCAGUUGAGUUGCGGUUAUAACACUGCUGGCGGUAACCAAGGUUUAACGAACACGACCUUUGGUGGAAAAUCGGGCACAGUAUCUGGCCAUCACAGUGGCCCGCCCGGUAUGACCGGCAACUAUGCUAGUGGCGCCCCUACACAAUAUCAUCACAGAGCGACGGCCGGCUGGAACUCGGCUCCCUUACCUGCCCAACAGUAUCGAUACGGAACCGGUCCAGUAACGCAGACCACCAUGUCGCCGUACACGUCCUACAACCCCAAUCCGACAACCUACACCAACAGCAACAACAGAAUACCUACGGCCUCUUCCCCAGCUAACACCAAUAAUAGUAGUUCGAGCUCAAACACUAAUGGCGGAGCUUCGUUGCAAUCGUCUAAUCAGCCGACCACCAGUUCACCGUCGUCAGAAUGUCAAUCGGCCGCACCAGCACAGCAAUUGUCCAAGACCAACCUUUACAUACGCGGAUUGAACCAAAAUACAAUGGACAAGGAUUUGAUCACCAUGUGUUCGCAAUACGGCAACAUAGUUUCAACUAAAGCAAUAUUGGACAAGAAUACCAACAAGUGUUAUGGAUUUGUGGACUUCGAGUCGGGCUCGUGCGCUGAAGCCGCGGUCAAAGGUCUGCAAGCAAAAGGUGUCCAAGCCCAAAUGGCUAAAGUGGGUAUUCCAGUUCAACGUAGAGCGGCCACUCAGCAAGAACAAGAUCCUACCAACUUGUAUAUCGCCAACUUGCCACCGAAUUUCAAAGAGAAUGAUUUGGAUACGCUCUUGUCAAAGUUUGGUCAGGUAGUAUCAACUAGGAUUUUACGUGAUACAAAUAUGGUCAGCAAAGGAGUUGGAUUUGCUAGAAUGGACUCCAAGGAAAAAUGUGAACAAAUAAUUCAAAUGUUCAACGGCAAUCCAUUGCCAGGUUCUAAAGAACCGUUGCUAGUCAAAUUCGCCGAUAGUGGUCAAAAGAAAAGAAACCCUAGCUAUAGAUCAGACUCUCGUUUGUGGAGAGAAUCGGAGAACGGCGGAUGUAUGCGAUUUCCGGUACAGCACUAUAUGUUGCAGGGCUCACACGUCGGGUACGAAGCGGCCCACAACGGGCUGACCGGCUCGGCCGGCUCGCACGUCAUACCGGCCACCGCGCUCGCACAGUACGUCGGCCGGCACUACACCACGCAGGCGUUGCCUGCCCACGGAUACUCGAUCCCGGCGUCCACGUGGCUGCCUCAAUACGUGAUGCAGCCUGCUCCGCCACACCACCUGGCCCAGAUAGACACUCCUGUAUGUUGUCAGAUGAUUCAGCAAGCCGAUCCUGGAGCCGUUCAAUACGGUUCAGUUAUACCGCAACUCGCCACACACAUGUCUGCUUUACAGAUCGGAAAUGGAUCCUAUCCGUGUUUUAGUACGUGGCCGGCCCACACCCAGGUUAUCCGUACUACACCAGCGCUGCACCAAACAUAAUUCACACGGUUCCGAUUCAAUCUGAAGAACAUCCAUCAACAGCGGCUUCACCCGACGACUCCUAUCAACAUUACUCGCACAAAUAAACAACAAACAUCAUGCUAAACCAACCAAAAUCGAUAAAACAUAGUAGGUAACACCUCAUCUUAUUCCCCAACCCCCAAAGCUGUUUUUUUUCAUUUAAAUGUAUUUUUUUAAAUUAUUUAUUAGUUAUCUUGGCCAUUUCAAAAUUUAGUUAAAUUUGUUUAGUACUAAAAAAUAAGGAAAGCUUGGUGAAUAUUUGUAAAUAUUUAACCAGAAGUUGUAUAAAAAUAAUAGAAACUAUUAGUCACCUUGUUGAACUCCGUUGGGAAAAUAAAUUUUCAAAACACCGUUAUCGGCGCAGAGUAACAAGUUAACGGUAUAAUAUUUUAGACAAACAUAAAUUUUAGUUCAAUACAAAUUUAGCUCACUUGCGAUUUUACGUAGAAUAAUUAUUUUUAAUUCAUUAUUGUAUUAGGCACUUGUUUUAUUUGCCAUUCCUCCCAUACAAAUCUUACUGAAUCUUCUAUUGUAUGUUCCAAAUUGAUUUUUUUGCCCGACAAAAUGUCAUUUAUUUUGACAUGGAAUAGUUUUAAACAAGGCAUGUUAUCGUUUCACGAUUUAUUACGCCGAGUUUAGUUAUUUUUACUGGAAAAACAUUAAAUUUAUUUUAAUCGCUGCAUCGUUUAGACGUAAAAACUUUAAAACGAUUUUAUGUCUAAAUUGUGCAGUUUUUACUAAUUUAUUUUUAGAGUUAUUACAGUAAUAUUUACUGAACUUUAUGUUCUUAUAAUGAAAUGAGAAUACGUGUCUUAAUAAUAAAUUAUAAACGAUUAUCAAAAAAAAAAAACAAUAGCAAAUUCAUACGGUCCAAAAUAUAUGUACUUAUUUAUCAGUUCGUUAAAUUUGACGUUCGGCAUAAUAUCGACUAAAUUUACAGCAAUGAAUUAAAAAAACAAAAAAAAAACAAAAUAACAUUCAAUAAUUUCCAUAAUUUUGGUCCUAUGAAUAAUUGUUUUUGUAAAUUUUAAAUUAUUUUUGUUUAAGACAUGUUCAUUGAAAUUAUUAUUUAUAUUUUUGUUAUAUUGAAAUUAAUUUUUCGAUUUUUAAAAAAAUGUGUAUAAAGUUAAAAUUGUUUUGAGUUAUAAUUUUGUUUGUCGUUUGAGGUACCGUUUAUUUCUUGAAAUUUAACAGUUAUAUUUGUAUUAAGAAUUGUGUCUUUAAGUGUAUAACUUUUACACCCGUUGGUGACUUAACAUAAAAAUUUAAAAUUAAAUUAAAAAUGAAGCCUCCGGGUGUAUGUAAUUUUAAUUCGGUAAUAUGAAAUUUGCAAUACCUAAUCACGUUUCCGUUGACGGCGUUGACCCAUUCAGAAGUCAACUAUCGUGUUACAAAUACAAUUCACAAACGAAAUUAUAACGUGAAUAAUAAAAUAAUAAAAAUAAUAAUAAAAUAUUUAGGUUUAAGAAUAUUCAUUAAGUUAUUAAUAUUAACAAUAAUAUUUUUGUUUAAUAAGUAUAGUUACGUAGCCCAAUAUAAGUUUGAAUUAAUUUAUUGUCGCUUUGUCGACCACCCCUCCCCCAUCCAUCCCCUGUAGUAAACCAUCCAUUUUGUAUCCGUGUGACUGAAUUAUUUAUUUAUUUUUUUUUUUUUUUUGGUAAAUUUGUCUCCUUGAAAUUCUGUGAUACAUGUGUUAGUACAUGUCAGCGGUUAAUAGUCACUAAAAUGUUUUGUACCGUUUGAAAAAAAUGAUCUUUAAAACGAUACAUUUCAAAUUUUUAUUUUAAAUCUAAAAAAAUUAAAGAAUGUUUAUUUUUUUACCUUGACUUUUUUUAAAAGAAAAAAGAAAAGAGUUAUUUUUGUUUUUUUUUAUUAUUUUCAUAUUUUAUUUAUUUGUUUUUUAAAUUUCUUCUAUAGUAAAAAUCGACUGAUUUCGUCGUAUUUUAUUUAGCCUAUGCUUAUAACGUAGUUUUAUAGAAGGUAUAAAAAAGAUAAUGUGAUUUUUUCGUUAUUCGUCUAAAUUCUAAUAAUUAUUAUGACAACAGUAGUUGUAAAUAAUAUGUGUGCAAUGUGCAUGUGUGCGAAUGUUUUAUUUGUGUGUGAGCUGGCUAGAAAAAUAAUGGUAUUUAAUUCAUUAUCAUAUUCCGCUCGAUGAGGAAACUUAAUUUUUAGCACCGAUCAACGAUAAUGACAAAUUAACAACAAAAAUGGUUAUACUUAACUGAAUAUUUUCUCAAGACGCGGUCUCCUCCCCUAAAUCGAUCAGAGCCCGUACACGAAUAUCGACUUUUUAACUUUCACUAUAAAAUUUAGGCCACGAAAUAUUUUAUUUUAUUCAAUCCAAACUUUACAACAUAAAACACUAAUUAUCGGUAAAUCGUAAAAUCGGUUCUUACCCUCUUACCUAGCUAGUGGCUUUUUCAUACACCUUGUCACCUUUUGAAAUCGUCCACCGCAUACAAACGGCCUCAGUCCCUUCGAAGUCUCACGGCGACGACGACGACAGUGGCUCCACCACCACAAAGCACAGUUCACAUAAACAUAAAGUUACGAUAACUUUUCAUUUUUAUUCCUCUACGAUUUUCCUCCCUCUCUCCACGACGCGUUCAUCAGGUCGAUAUGUUUUUUAAUUUAAAAUAUUGUGUAUAAUUUAUAUAUAUAUAUAUAUAUAUUUGUAUAUAUAAGAAUAAUUUAAAAAAAAAAAUUCAAUAAUGAUUGUCCAACGAUUGUGAUUAGUGCUUAAAUAUUAUACGUCUGCUCUAUUAAUCCCAAAGAUAUUAUUGUAAAACCUCCGAGACCGUGCCUCAGUGCUCGUUUAAUAGUGGCACUAAAAAAAAUAUAUUAGGUUUAUUUAGUUUUUUUCUCUUUUUUUUCUUUUUCCUUUUCUUUGUCGUGAGUUAUAUAAAUUAUAAUUUUAUUUUUUUUGUUUGUUUCGUUUUUUUUUUUUUAUUAUUAUUAUUAUUUUUGAUGAGUAUAUAAAAUUUAUAUAAGACAAUUGAAUUAUGUGUAAAUACAUUUCAUACAACAUUUCAACGACACUUGGACGAUACCAUUGUAAUUGUGACACCUCUAUAAUAAUUGUACUGUUUGUUUGAUUUGACUGUAUUUCAUUCACAGUACAGUUCUUAUUAUUAUUUAUUUUUGUUUACUUACGAUUUUUAGAAAAUUGUCUUUACUUCAUGCGAAAAACGAUUUUCUUAGAGAAUUUCUGGGUUAACUAUGAAAUGAAAAUGUAUAUAUAUACGACUGUUCAAAUUUUACAGGGGUAUUUUUGUAUUCUGUCCCAUAAAAAAAAAAUAAAAAAAAAUAUUAAUAAAAAAUGUAAUAAUAAGACUUGGUUUCGCCUAAGCGCCUUUGUCUGAAUAAAACGUAUACAGUUUUAAAUGUGAUAUUUAGUACAUCGGUGUCUUCCCAGGACGCUAUUUGCACACGAUUAUUUGUGCUAAAGACAAAACGAAAAUUUCGAUUAAAAAAAAGUAAAUAAUUUUCCGCGAAUUCCGGACUUUCUUACCAUCGAUUUACUUACGUGCCUACUAGUUUUCCGCUCACACGAAAUGAUGUAGAGGUACGACCACUGCAGUAGACCAGACGACAUUAAAUUGAAGAUAAAACCAAAUAGAUAAUAAUGGAAAUAAAAAUAAAUAAAUUACAAAAUCUUGGUCUACGCCCGCGCCAAAUAUGAAAACAUUUCCGAUUCACGUACGAUGCUCGUAUGUAUAUUAUAAUGAUAUAUUAUUGUAUGAAUUCUGUUGCUUAUUGUUGACGUUUCUAAAUAAUGGUAGCACGUUAUAAAAUUCUGUAUAAUACGUAGAUCCUGUUCUGUUUAAAAAUUAAUAUUUUUUGUAAAAAACGUCUUUUGGCCAACGACCUAUUAUUGGCAUAAUAUGUACCUAAACGUAACGUCGAUCAUAACGCCUCAGCAUACAAUAAAAAAAUUAUAAUGUAUAUAUAUGUGUACAACAUUUCAACAAAAAAAAAAAUUAAGAUAUUAUAUAGGUCGUAAUACCUACGUUUAACAAUAUGAAUACAAUUCGUACGUUAUAAUAUGUAACGACUUAUUUUUAGUAUGUAAGUUUAAGUGUUAUUAUUAUGAUAAUGAUAAUGAUAUUAUGUUUACAUUAAUUAAAAGUCUAAUACUAAAUUCAUUUUUUUUCUGUAGCGUACUGCGCGUACGUUACACACGAUUAGCCUAUAAAUAUUUUAUAAUAUUAAGUAAUAAAUAAAAAUGGACGAUUGUUCAAAUGUUAUUUUAUCAAAGCUGUCUUAAACAUGGCUUGUUAUUAUUUUUGUUUUCGAAAAAAAAACAAUUUAGCUUAGCUUUAGUGUAAUAAGGUUUUUUUUUGCUUUUAAAUGUACGUCUUAAUUUAUAUUUAAGUUUAGUGAUAACGAUAAUAAUUUUAAUAAACAAAAAAAAAACUUGUAUCGAAAAUAAAAGGAAAAAAUAAUAUUAAUAAAACGUCGAAAGGAGAAAUAAUAAGUAAUAUAGUACAUAAUAAUAUAAUAUAUUUAUAUAUUAAGUAUGUGCGAACAAGAUGUUUGUACGUUGUGAUUGAGACUGCUGGUCCCCCCUCCCUAAAAUCGGUGGGUAAAGUUGCGUUAAAAGAUAAUAAUAAUAAUUUUAAUAAAAACAUAAAAAUAUUAAUGUGGAAAAAAAUAAGAGUCAACCAUAACAACUGGUACUCUCGGCUUAACUCAUUUAUAUCACCCGGUGUCUUGUAUUAUUAAUUGUGACUGAUCAUUGUUAUGUAGAAGGCCUUAGUUAUUAAGUCUUGCCGUAAUAUUUAUGUGUAUAGUUUAAUGAUUUUUCCUUGUAUGUUUUUUUUCUCCUUUCUGAUUUCGCCGAGUUAAAAAAUUGAUUAUUAUAAAUUAUUUAUUGAUUUUAUUUAAUAUUAUACGUACUAUAUAAUUUUUUUCUUUUAUCUAAUUUAUUUAUUUAUUUUACUAUUAUUCUUUUUUUUUUUGUAUAUUAUUGAACAAUUCUAUUUAAUAUUAUGUCUCAUUUAAAUGUAGGUAUCGUUUGUUCAUUUUUUUUUUUUUUUUUUUUUUGUUUUGUUUGUAUUGGGUUUGAUAAAUUUUGGCGUUGUUGCAUUUUAAGGAUAAGUUAUAUUAUAAUUAUUAAGUUUUUUUUCAUAGACUAAGACUACUAUUUGCGUGAUUGUGAAAAUAAAAUAAAAACAACAAAAAAAUGAAUAAAAACUAAAGUUAUUACGAAAUGGA